AUGCCGGCGCAGCGGGAACAUUAUUUGUUGUACCGUCGGCUGCUCCGGCAGCGACCUCACCGCGCUCAGUCGGGACGCCGUGCUCGGACCCAUCAGAGGUCAGUGGAGACUCCACCUCUCACCUGCAGGAUGAUGCCGGCGCAGCGGGAACGUUAUCUGUUGUACCGUCGGCUGCUCCGGCAGCGACCUCACCGCGCCGUGUCGGGACGCCGCGCUGUGGACCCAUCAGAGGUCAGUGGAGACUCCACCUCUCACCCGCAGGAUGAUGCCGGCGCAGCGGGAACGUUAUCUGUUGUACCGUCGGCUGCUCCGGCAGCGACCUCACCGCGCUCAGUCGGGACGCCGUGCUUGGACCCAUCAGAGGUCAGUGGAGACUCCACCUCUCAGCCGCAGAAUUAUGCCGUGGCAGUAGAAAGCAUUGUUUGUUGUACUGACCGCCUAUGUCUCAGCCAGUUUAAGGAACGACGAUGA